CUCUUUCACUGAUACUGGAAUAAUCUUGGAUCGAUCAUUAAGGAGAUACAGUUGGCCAAAGGACAGAGCAACCGAAACGAUUAUCUCAUGGUGGAAAAGUUUUGCGAUCUGCAGUUACAGGAGUUACACAUAAUGCUACAUUCUAACAGGGAGUUUUUAUUAUUUCUCUUUAUUUCAAUUUUGUUUUCUUCUCUCGUGGCGACCAUUGGAGGCUUUCUCGUGAUUGGUGCCAUGUGGAAAAGUUCGUCGAUGUCGCCUGCAGUAAGGAAGGUAUUCAUGAGUCUGUCUUUUUCGGAUCUUGCCGUGGGAAUAUUCGCACAGCCCUUGUUCGGUGGCAUCAUAGCGGAGAUGUUACGAAUGGCAGCCAAUGGAGAAUAUAACUUCUCCGUCUUCUGCCCAGUCACACUCACCAUAAGUCAUUUUUGUACCUUUUCACUGGCCUGCGCUUCGUUCUUGAACGUUACGGUAAUUGCUAUCGAUCGACUCCUCGCAAUUUAUCUCCACCUUCGCUAUCAUGAACUUGUGACUUCCAAACGUCUCUCUCUGGCUUUGGUGUCUGUGUGGAUAGCAAGUGGAAUUGCUGCGGGUAUUUACGUCUCUCUUCCAGAAUACAGUGACAUGGUAGCUGACGUACUUUUGAUUCUUGGCCUCUUCCUUACAUCUGUGGCUUAUUUUAAAAUCUAUAAGGCUGUGAUAUAUCAUCGGAAUCAAAUACAAACUCAGUUACAGAGGCAUGAUGAUCAAGAAAUAUCCAAAGCUCGAGAGAAAAAGUCUGCAAUCAACGCACUCGUUGUUUAUGUUGUUUUCCUGGGAUGUUAUCUGCCCUAUUUAUGCUGUACUUUGAUAUUAAUAGCGGAUAAUUCUCGAGCGUCGUCUAUAAUAGCGUAUUAUGUCUCAUUCAUCUUGAUUCUGUUGAAUUCUUCUAUAAAUCCGAUCAUUUACUGCUGGCGAAUUCGCGAAAUUCGUCAAAUUGUAAAGAGAAUUGUGAAGAAUUUAUUAUGUUAAAGCAAUUGACUUUAUUGGUAUAGGCGUUGGAGUAAGAUUUAAUCUUUAGUUUGCCUUGAAAGAAGGCGUUAUACCCUUUUACUGUCUUUAAGUCUAUUCUUUUAUUUUUGACGCAAAGUUUAGUUCAGAUAAUCUAUAUGCAAGGAAUUGAAAAUUGUACAGUAAAGACAACGAGUAACUUAAGUUUCUAGAAGUAAAUGCAUUUCUUGAAUUCAAAGUCACAUUUAUGCUCACUGCUUCGUUGUUUUGAUUCCUGCUGCGUAUUUACAAGGUGCAUUUUUUUUUUCAGUUUGCAAUUUUAACUAUUGAUUCAA